AUGAGUUUGGCCAAUUUUUCCAGUAUGGAAGAAAUCCCUUUAGAGGACGUGGACAGAACCAGCGUAGAAUACAGGGUGUUGAUGGCCUAUGCCCAGCACCGUCUGUCUGCUAGCAAAUAUGGCCAACUUCUAGAAAGGGAAGCCAAGGGCCAGGAGGGAUCAUCUUUGAGCAGAAAGGAGGCACAAGGGGUCACCCCUGCAGAGCAAGAAAAGGCACCCCAAGACUUGCCGCCUGAGGACCUCAAACCCUCGGCUAGAAGGAAAAGACCAAAGAAGAAGAGAGGAAGAUCCAACUGGAAGCGCCUUUUGUUGCCUUCCUGUCUGCGGGGGCAACCUGAAGAAGAUCACAGGAAGAGUGAAGUGAAUGGGAAGCAGCCAUUGCCGCAUGGUGUUCAAGAGGAUUCUGACAUCACUCGUGUGGCAGACAAGCUUGCUGAACUAGUUGAUAUUUCCACGUACCAGACUGGAAGGAUAGGAGUCAAAGGGUUAGUCCUCAAAGGAUUAGUUCGCACCGUGAGCCUCGAGGAAGAUGGUGGAGGAGCCUCCAAAAUUGUGUCUGAAGGUCCUUAUCAGGAUGAUGGAAAAGACAAUGAAGAAAAGAUAAUCGACACCAUAGUUGUCUUGUUAAGACAAUCAGGAGAUGCACUGGCGGAACAGAUGAAAAAGGACAAGACCCUCUCUUCAAGCUUCUGGAGUGUGAUGUCCUACUCUGUCUUCAGGAGAAUUGCAAAUCAGUUCUUAGAGGACGUUCCUGUGGACCCUGCAAGAGACUCUGAGGCGCACGUGCAGAGUACAAAAGUGGCUUAUGCGAUGGAACUCACGACCAGACUCACUGCUGUAGACAGCCAUCCCAUGAGUCUUAUGCUGGGGUUUGGGACAAAGUACCUCAAAGAAAACUUCAUGCCUUGGGUCUGCAGCCAUGGGGGAUGGGAAAAGGCUUUGGGAUUAUUGGACCAGGAUGAAGUGGAAUAAUGAAAGACUGUGCAUUUCCAGAGAUGGUUCUGAAUUUGGAA